GCGCGCGAGAACGAAUAUGUUGCCGCUAUGCGCCAGCUGAUCUCCAAGGAUCUGUCCGAACCCUACAGCAUCUACGUUUACCGCUAUUUUCUGUAUCAAUGGGGCGAUCUCUGCUUUCUCGCCAUGGAUGAAAAGGACGAGAUGGUCGGUGUCGUGGUUUCGAAGCUAGAGCCGCACCGGGGCGGGGCUUUGAGAGGGUAUAUUGCCAUGCUAGCGGUGCGCGAAGAGUUUCGAGGUCAGGGCAUCGCAACGAAGCUAGUCCGUAUGGCGAUUGAUGCCAUGAUAGAGCGGGAUGCCGAUGAGAUUGUCCUCGAGACCGAAAUCACAAAUACCGGCGCGAUGAAAUUAUAUGAGAGAUUGGGCUUCCUACGCAGCAAACGACUCCACCGAUACUACUUGAAUGGAAAUUCGGCAUAUCGUCUCGUGCUUUAUCUGAAAGAGGGUGUUAGUGCCAUCCGAACUGCCUUUGAUCCCUUUGCACCACCUCACCCGACACACAUGGAGGCGCCCACUGUACCCGUCGGGAAUACCCCUGGGAAUGGAGUCAUUUGA